UGGAGGUGCUCCGCCGGUCGUCGCAACUUCUGGUCGUUAACUCAUCUGGUGGACAGGGGGUUGCCAAGGACACCCAUUUUUACAUUCGUUACCAAGAACUCGAGCCAGACGCUGAUAGAUUCGCACAAGAUGGUGCAAUUGAAGGCCCACAGUAUCUUGGCUGGGGCCUACGGUGUAGUAGCUGUUGUUGCCGCUGCCUGUACAUCUGAUCUCCUCGUGGACGACUUCUCCAGCUCAUUCACAACGAACAGAAAUAAUCUCGGCUCAUGGACUUCAGAUGAUGCAAGCAUGACCAGCAUCUCCGCGACUGGUGGCAUUCUAAGCUUCACUCCGAAGAGCGGUGCGUAUUAUUACGAGACGUUCCCCUGCCAAGCAUUACAGACCGACUUGUACACACACGUCCAGCUUGACAUCAAAGCACCAGUGUCAGGCGCAGCCUUCACAACCGAGUUGAACUCCGCCUCAAGCUGCUCAGCGACGACUAGUUCAAAAACGUCUUUCCGAGUCACAGGUCUGACCGGCGGCUGGCAGACGCUGCGCAUUCCAUUGAGUAGCUUUGCUGCCGGAAAUCUUAAUGCUGCCUUGUCGUUUGUCGUCGGGUCAUUUUCGUCUACCCAGGAAUGGCAGCUUGACAAGAUCUCGUUUGUCUGUGCUCAGGGGUCAUCAGCAACUUCGACUUUCACUACGAUUACUACGGUCACGCAGGCCCCUACAAGCUCGGUCCCAUCUCCGACCCAGUCGAACAACCCAUCAUGCUCGGCGCUUCUAGUAGAUGACUGGGCGUCACAAUCACGCCUUGAUUUCUUGCAGUACAACUCACUUCUGCUGCCGACAGGAGAUGACGGAACAAUGCAGUCUAAGGUCGUUGGCAACCAUCAUAUAACAUUGACUCCGAAGGACACUUCUUCGUAUUUCUUCACUCAGGUCGGAUGCUUGGAUGCUUCGAAGUAUGGUGGGAUCUCACUUCGGAUCAAUGCUCCGGCUGGGACAACAUUCAAGAUCGAGUUGACUUCCAAGACGACGUGUGAGGGUGAGGUGACAGCGUAUUCAUCUCAGACAACUGCGCAACUGGGCUGGACCUUUGACGGAACCGAGAAGCUCUACAGCUUUCCCUGGUCAAAAUUCAGCGGAGUCAACCUCAGCAAACUGCGAUCCAUCGUUCUCGAAGCGCCGACACGCCCCAUCACACUAGGCCCGCUGGCACUUUACUGCGGAAGCACCCCGACUGGUUGGGUAGUGCCCACGGCCACCACCCCAACAGCGCCAACUCAAACUGUCCCGGCACCAGCUGCUACGGUCUCUGGGCUUGUGAUUGACACCUUUGCCAACGCAAACACGAACUCGCUUGGGUUCUGGCACGGUGGCGAUGAGUUGGAUCUUACUUGGGGUUCAAACCGCGUCACAAUUGUUGCCUCAGCUCCAGACUAUGCCUUCACCAGCCUAAUGAGCGGGGGAUGUCGGGAUUUGCGCAGUCAAAGUGGAUCGUACUUACAUAUCACCUACUCCGGUCAUACCAAAUUCUCCAUCUCAUUGCAACAGCACAACUCGCAGUGCAAUGAUGGUGUGGCACCAUACCCUGAAACGAGAGACAGCCUGGAAGCAAGUCGGUACGCGACCACGAGCAGCGACAUCUACAUCCCCAUCUCGCACUUCAACAUCAACCUUCAGCGUGUCGCUAGUAUUGCUAUUAGGGGCAUUUACAGCACUGAGCCAGUGGUUCUCACGAAGGUUGAGAUCGUUCCCUCCAUCCCUUCAGGGGUGAGCAUCCGCCAAAAGCUGCCCUCAGGAACCCUUGUCUUUGCCUGCACGCGGCCUAACUCUUUCGCGUUCGGCAUCGACGACGGAAACCCAAAAUAUGCCGCCAGACUAGCUCAAAUCAUCCGCGACGCAGGGAUAAAAGUGACCUUUUUUGCCGUCGGCGCUGUGCUGGAAAACCCCUCGACUGGGAUGGCCAGCCUCUACCAACAGCUCAAGAGCGAGGGCCACCAGAUCGCACUGCACUCCUACACUCAUCCGAGAAUGGAAGGGCUGCCCGACACUGAGAGCAUCGACUGGGAGUACAAUGAAGAUUGCAGGGUGAUGACGAACCUCUUUGGGGAGAGAUCAAAUUAUUUCCGCCCGCCGUACGGCGUCGAAGGCGCGCGCAUGCGCCAGCGCUGGGCGGCUGCCUCCGGAUCAGACAAGGCCUACCUUAUCAAUUGGAGCGUCGAUGUGCAGGACUGGUUGUGGGCCGAGACGAGCACGCCAGAGAAGCAGGUUGAUUCAUUCAACGCCGACGUUGCCAAGGGAGGAAACUUGGUGGUCAUGCACUUCUCGUACAACACAACGGUCGAGUACUUCCCGGAGUUCAUCAGGCAGGCCAAGGCUACUGGUAAGCAAAUUAUGAGAAUUGAUCAGUGUAUGGAGGACCCGAACGCACCUCCGUUGUGA